AUGGAUCGAAGACUGGAGGGAUUGUUCGGGAACUUCAGUUUCCCGGUCGAUUGCAUUCGCGCAAUCGUACCUUACGCUGAGAGUUCCGCAAACCUCCAUGAUCUUGGAGAAGAUCUCACUACUCCUAGUCAACCUCAGCAACCUUUAAUGGUUAAUACACCGACUUCACAACAAUCCCAUAUAUCUAUUGCGGGCAUGCAGCACAGCUUGGCUCAGCAUAACGAUGGACAAGCAAACAAUGGACAAGCCAACGACGGGCAAGACGAAGCAGAUAACGUCAGCCCCGCAUCGGGCUUCUCAACCAACUACCACGGGACGAAGAACGAGAGAAACAAGCCUGAUGAUAUCUCGGACGAUGAGAAUUGUGCUGUCUGGAUCGAAGGUCUCCCCACCGAUAUCGAUUAUCCUAUGCUAUUGGCAGGACUUCGAGGGACUGGCAAGAUAUAUGCCGUUUUCAUCAACGAUCCUGUUAAGCGACACCAUACGUGCGCCGCGAAGGUUGAGUUCUGGGGACGAGACGGUGUGACGAGACUAUUCCAAAAGGUCGGGAAUGGCGAGCUCAGGUUCGGUGAAUUGGUGCCAACGGUACGGCCAAAUCGCGUGAAGAAGGGCGCGCAACCUGUUUCUCAUCGCUCCAGAGUCAUAGAGAUCACAGGACCUACCGGAAUAGUCAAUAUUGUGACUAUUACCGCGGAACUACAACAGGCAUUCUACUAUGACUUAGAGCUGGUCGAGACUCUCUGGACAGAGGAAGGGCAAUCAAUGAUGCGGUGGACCUUUGCAUCCUAUAGAAAUCAAGCUGAAACCGCAAUGCGCAUCUUCGCCAGUAGGAAGAAUAACGUCGAACCAUCUUUAUGGCAGCAGGUCCAUUUCCGCUGGGGGCGGGAUCCAUGUGAGCCUUGAAGCUUAACCAUUGAGGCGGCAUCAGAGGAUUGAGAUUGUAUUAGGGGAUUGAUAUUGUAUUAGGUGGACUUUAACAGAUGUUGUGGUCGCUAGGGGCACACGGAUAAGGAGGGAUGAAAUAAAUUGCGUUGUCUUUCCUUGUUCAUACAUAUUUCAGUCUGAUUCUAUGUCAGGUGGUAUAUCGGCUCUGCUCCGGUACUCUAAUCAUUCCUCAUACUAUUGCCGCGUUGUGUUGUUUAGG